AUGUUACUUGACUUGAAUGUAGAAUGGCCUCAAAAGUCCUUUGUGGAAUCUGUUGAUGAGAAGGAUAUAUCUCGUGUUAGGGCCACAUUAGGUACAUUAUUUACACUUGGUUAUACGCAUGUUGCAUUGAAUUUUACGGUGAGUCACAGUGAAAAGUUUCCUAAUAAUAUUAAUGAGAUGAAUAAGAUGCAAAUACAGGAGAAUUUUGGUGAAUUUAUGAAAGAAACAGGAAUGAAAAUAUAUUCAAGAGUAACGUUAAUUAUAGAUGAUCCGUCCAAGGGACAAUCAUUAUCUAAAAUCUCACAGGCAUAUGACAUAGUUGCUGCCUUACCAAUAAGUGAACGUGGACUUACUUUGGCUACAACGAGUUUAGAAAUUGAUAUAUUGACUUUUAACUAUGGACAACAAUUCCCCACAUUUUUGAAGCAUAAAAGUAUUUGCAACUGUGUGAAUCGUGGUGUAAAAGUCGAAAUAGUUUAUGGAUAUGGGUUAAGAGAUAUUCAAGCGAGAAGGAGAUUUAUUCAGAAUGUCAGAAGUGUCAUCAGAAGUUCAAGAUCAAGAGGAAUAAUUAUUAGUAGUGGAGCGCAAAAUGCACUGGAAUGUAGAAAUAUUAUAGGUGUUUCGUCACUUAUCAAGACAUUGGGACUUCCUAGUGACAAAUGUUCAAGAGCUAUGGGCCAAUUGGCUGCAUUGGUUUUGCUCAAUGGUCGACUCAGGAAUAAAAGCUACAAACAAACUAUCGUCGUAGGAGGAGGCGACACAAAUGUUGUUGAUGAUCUGAACGGAAUUAAUUCAACGAAGAUCAUUAAAAUAGUUAAACGUAAUCUUCCUGACGAUGUUGCGUCCCUAGACGAUAAAUCAAACAAGAAACCUAGAGUAUAA